UAAUGAGAGUUACCUCUCUUUGUCGGGCAGUUAUUUUCCUCCUGACCUGUCUUCUUCCGGUCCAGAGGGAGUAGUGUUUUCUUAGCCACACUCAGUAUGGCGGGGAGGAAUUUGCUAAAGCAAAAGAAGCGGGCUCCUCCGGAGGAGAGGCGCACGGUUUGCGGCACGGCGGCUUCAAACCCCUGGGAUCCCGUCCAGGCCUCGGCGGCGGGGCUGAUGCUCUCCCGGGCCCUGUCCUCAGGGACCCUGUCCCAGGAUACUUUGGACAGAUGUCCAAAACCAGCUCCUUGUUUUGUUCGUUAUUCGGAAGCAGAACAAAUUGCAAACCUCCGAGCUGAAAUCAGCCAGCUUAAUCUAGAGAUUGAAAUUCUGCAGAUGGAAAAAGAUACAGCAGACAUUACUAACCAAUUCUACCUCACACAGAAAUCCCAGGCUCUGCAAGCAAUGAACAGGCACUUGGAAGCUGUACUGAAAGAUAAAAGGGCUCUCAGGCAGAGGCUAGUAAGACCACUGUGUGAAGAAAGCCUUCCUAUUGAAGCUGUCUUCCACAGGUAUGUGGUAGAAGUGUUGGGACUGGCAAUGGCUUUCAUUGAAAAAUUAGAAAGCCAUCUAGCCACAGUAAGAAGCAUUCCUGAUUUACCUGUAGCUGUAAAAAACAUGGACAGUGCGCUAGCAAAAAUGGAUUUGCUUGUAGCAGAGACUGAAGACCUUGCAAAUCAAAUACUGGAAUGGAGAGAAAAACAAAAGGAAACCCUGAACAAUUCACAGGCGACUGCUGAAUCAGACUCCUGGUUCCGAAGUAUACAAUGAUCUAUUUUAUUGUCCUUUUCUUAUUCCCAUUUUAAUUAAUAUUUUAUUAAUAUUGUAAUAUACAAAAGCAGAGGUUACUGUACAAAUAAUUCAGAACUAAAACAAACAAAAUAGACUCUGUAAAUACAAUAAGAGUGUAAAUACAAAUUCCCAAGUUAUGUAAGUUUUCCCUAUUUUAUUGCAGGUUCCUCCAGCAUCAGUCAGUAACAGUUGGUGGCAAGACAGCUGGUCUGUUUUGAGUAGAAGGGGUUGGUCCAGAAUUUCAUAUGGACCUUUAGAGGUCCACACUGUUUUGUAUCAUGAAUUGUGUGCACAAUAAAUAAAUACUAAAUAAAUA